UGUAAAUAAUUCCGUGCACCGGCAAAUUUGUGACUUUAGAUUAAGUUCAUAGGGCAGAGAUUAAGUUCAAAGUCAUUAACAAUGAAAUGGGACUACAUCUUAAACAUUCUACCUGUCAAAUUUAUUUUAAAAAUCCAACAAUGUGAAAAAUCAUAUAGAAAAUAACGCAUGCUUUCGUCCAGGGGACAUUUUAGUACGGUGCACAGGAGAAUAAGCAUGGAGUCGAGAAGAUAAGUAGGAUUUUUGAAACGGUAUUUAAUUGAAAGCAUUGACUUCGAAAAAGGAGGACACCAAAACAAUGGAGCCACAGAUGAAACGCUGGAAAGGGUCGAUGUGUGCCACUGACUCCUGGGUCGCUUAUCCUGUACUGUCAGAUGAGCAGUCACAAGACAUCGAGCUGAUCGAGGCGUUUGCUGCACCCAUUGUCAACAAGAAAGAGACAUCUCGACUUGUCAGGGAGCUGAACAGCCUCUACCCGUUGAAUGGCCUUCAGCACAUCAAGAGGGUGCGGCCGUGCAUGGAGAAGGGCAGCCCUCACCCUCUGGAACUCCUUGUGUGCCUAGUUAGUGAUGCACCGGACAUGAAGGUGGUCAGCAUCGACUCUCUGCUGCCCUCAGAUGAAAUUAGACAUGAUGGAUUAGGUGAGCCUUUUGUGGUUAAGGUCCCUGCACGUCCCCCCUUGACCCGACCUCAAUUCGAGCGGGCAAGCAAACACUGGCCCACCUCCUUUCAUGAGGACAAACAGGUGACUGUCGCUUUGAGAGGAGAGCUCUUCAGUCCACCUGAGAAAGCUACAAUGCACAUGUACAUGAUGUCUGCUUUCACUGCUGCCAAAGCUGGAAAGGAGAUGGGGAUGGAGGCAGUUGGGGCUGUAGUGGUCAACCCAGCAAUGCAGAGAAUCAUUGCAGUGGGCCACGACUGCCGAGGUGACCAUCCCCUUCAUCAUGCCGUCAUGGUCUGCAUUGACCUUGUGGCUCAGAGCCAGGGCGGUGGAUGUUAUUCUUUUGACAGAUACCCUGCUUGCCGAUUUACUUCACCAACGUCAGAAACAUUUCAAAACGUGACUGAUGUAGAUGCGAGCUCUCAGCCAUACAUUUGCACUGGGUAUGACCUUUAUGUGACCCGAGAACCUUGUGUUAUGUGUGCCAUGGCACUGGUGCACUCCCGGAUUGGCCGUGUGUUCUAUGGGAGUUCUUCUGCCGAUGGGGCAUUGGGAACCAAGUUCAAAAUCCACUCUCAGAAAGAUCUGAACCAUCGCUUUGACGUUUACAAAGGAGUCUUGAGCAAGCAGUGUGAGGAUCUUAAUUUGUUGGACAACCACAUCAAAGGCAAAGUUUAAAGGAAUGCAGAUAAUUAAUGUAUGAAUUUAAUCAGUGGGACUGGAGUUGAAAAUUUCUUAGUUGUAGUUACCACAGGUGUAACUACAGGAAUAAACCAAUGUUUUAUGAAAGCAAUUAUUUUAAGUAAAGUUUUUAAUCAUGUGGUGAUUGUUCUAUUGAAAGCAUGUGUGUAGUUUAAAACCAGUAACAAGGUCCCCACCAUGACUUUCCAUUAGAUGGGGGUGUAUGACCGUAACCUUAAAAUUCUGAGACUUACAGGCUUGUUUGAUGGAAUAAAGAGAAUGUAAGUGACACUGAA